UCAAGAUCUCGACAUUAGCUUCAUCAUUUCCCCCUAUUUCUAUAUAGCGUGAGCUGUUCGUUGUCGCUCCGAGUACGAGCCAUCCAACAAUCAAUCGCGGAAUUCCAUAUUCUGGAGCUCAGGAAAAAUCGGGCACAAACUGCCCCACGCAGAAACCACCUCCUCCUCUCCUCUCCUCCUCUCGCAGAGCAGCAAAACGCGGAUGGAUCGAUAAUACCAGCCACGCCCACUGUUUACUCUCGGCCAGCUGAAUUUCCGGACGCUGUCUGUGGUGUGAUGGUGUGACUAUCGUCCAAGCACCUCCGGAUUCGACUCCACCCGCAGCCUGGUCCAGCUCCAGCCCAGAUCGAUGCAGAUUCAGCAAGGUUAACCUAACCUAGCCCUGGUCGAGACAGCCCGGACCGUUCGCUUGACUGAUCGUUUCAUCGGCUCAUACAAUUUUAAACCAUGUCGCUGGUGGCCGACCAAGUGCGUCGACUAGAUGCCUACCUCGACCGUCUCCCUGUCCUGUCCGAAGAGACGUCUGAAGAUGGGGUUUCGGAAGUUGGACACCCCUUUGCCGUCACAGAGGCGCUGGACGUCCCGCACCUCGACCAUCUGCUGCGCAUCGUUCGUUCGCUGAGCACCACCUCGUCCGCGCAGCCUCUCCUCUCUCUUGAACGUGUAAAACUUCUCCUCGACGAAUCAGGCAUUCCUGCGAUAGCGGAUCGAGUCGAGGGCACCGCAGGCGGGGCUUAUGCACAAAGUAAGACGCCGUAUGAGAACGAAAUCGAGUGGCUCUUGGUCUCCAAAGCGACGGUUCAGGUCUAUGGAGCGAUUCUCAACACGCUGGUGGAUCGCAUCAUUCCGCUGAGCGAUGAUAUGUGGUAUUGGGACGGAGUCUUGAGCUCCUACAGUUAUAGCAGCGUAUACACGAUACAAACAUCCCCUUUGCGGCUGUGGGCUUGGUCGCACGAAAUAUACCAGGCCAGCCGGUCACGGUUACGCUCUCUGUCCGCAGCAGAGGCCUCGGCCGAGCUUGUCGAGUCUACACGAUCCACCAUAUCGCAGCCAUGGAGCAGGUUCUACGGUGUUGUUCGAGACAGCAUUCGGGAGCACUCAUUUGCCAAUAUACAGCGAAAAGUGCUGUCCCCCGUUGCUCUAAGUCGAGCUGAGGCUAGGCGCAAACUGGCGCAUCUGCGAAAGCUGAGGGAAAUGACAGCCAGCGGUCUCGGAGUGCUCAUGGAUGAAGGUCUUCAGUUAGGGCACGACGAGGAGAGAGCCGAGGCGCAAGAUCAUGAAGAUCUCAAAGGCGUUGUUGAGCGCAGCGUAGCAUUGAUGGACAUGGUUCUCAAGGAGGCGUCCAGGCUAGAAGUCAAUAUUCAUGACUUUGAGGAAAAAGUAUUUGCCGGCGUCGAAGAAGAUGCUGAGCUAUCUGUGCAUGUCGAAGAGAUGACUCCCUAUCGACCGAGCACACUGGCCCGCCGACUGGUUCAGAUCAUUGACAAGACGCUACCCCAGCAUAUCAACGCCAUGCAAACUCUUGCCAAUGAAAACGGCCGACCGCCGGCCAUUAUUCGAUACUGGCUCCCUGCUCUCAUCGGCAUCACCUCCUCUACCACCAUUCUCAAGAUCUUGGUCAACCGCAAAGCAGAUAUUAUUGAAUGGAUCACAGGUUUUGGAAGUACGUUGCGGGACUUCUGGCUUAACUGGGUUGUUGAGCCAACCGAAAAGGUUAUCAAGACUAUUCGGCACGACGAGACGAGUGAAAUCGCCAUUAUGAGCAGAGACAGCCUCAAGGCCGACCGGGAGAGCCUGGAGCGAAUGGUUGUUGACUUUGCCACGGACAAGCCCCAUUUUGCCGUUGGCGGUUCAUCCAUCACCGAGGCUCAAAUUGCAGACAUCCGAUCCAAAGUGGCCGAAGGUGAUGUGACCCCAGUCCUGCGAGCGUAUGAGCAAGACUUGAGAAGUCCCUUUGUCGGUGCUGUUCGGGGUGAUCUUGUCCGGUCUCUCUUGAUCCAAGUUCAGAAGACAAAGGUUGACCUCGAAGUGGCCAUGACGGGCAUUGAUUCGCUCCUCAAGAGCCAAGAGCUGGUUUUUGGUUUUGUAGGACUGACUCCUGGCGUCUUUGUAUCGAUUGGUGUCUUCCAGUACCUCCGCGGCAUCUUUGGUGGCCGAUCUGGACGGCGCCAUAGCAAAGCCUCUGGCAAGGCCAUCCGCAUCCUGCGAAACAUUGACCGCAUCCUAUCUGAGGCGAGGCCGACAGAGAACAACGUCCUGUCCUACAAAGACCACGGCCUUUUGUUGUGCGAGGUUCACGUGCUUCGUAGCCUGGCGAACAAACUGAUGCCGGAUAACAUUCAGAAGGAGUUUUUGGAGGAUCUGGACGACCUAGCGAAUGUCAAGGGGGUGCAUAUUCAGUCAAAGGCCCUAGAGAGGAUUCGCUGGGCGUAUGCCAGAUGGCUUAGGUAAAGCGGACAAAAUGUACUAUUACAUAUUGGAGAGAAUAUCAAAGGAACCCUUGUUAGACUAGAAGAGAGGAUAGAUAGCUCAGUAAGCGUUGUAAGAAGCAUGUUGAU